CUUAAGUCGUUUUCCUGCAGAGAGAGAUUAUAAAUACAUUAUGUAGAGUACAUUAAUAAAUGGGAAUAAAUCAAUUUUCCACUGGCAAUUUCAAGCACUGGACAUUUUAUGCAAAUGUUUUAAAAUCAUAUGAUUGAUUAUAGAGAAAUUCAGGAUUCUCAGGAUAUUCAUUAAAUAUGUAAAUGCUGGAGCACCCCUGUCAGGUAAUUAUUGCUUGGAAACAUCAAGGUUCACCUGUCCAUCAAGGUCCACCAAGGUGCAGGACAGAACCAUAUUAGUAAAUGGGGCGUUGAUUUCAACUGUUUAGCCUUCUGCCUCUAACCUGGCAAAUCAUUCAUAUUCUAUUGCCCUCAGAAUGCCCUGAGUGAGUUCCUGUGAUCCUGUGUUUGGGGAGGGUCAGAAUCUCCAGGUGGCAGAAUCAUUAACUGCUGUCAUGAAAUCAAUGGAGGAUCAGGUUGUUGAAGAAGACGUAGGAUUUCAUGAUGAGGAGUCAUUUUUCCACGAUAUUGAGAUGUUACAGAAGCAAGGAAUUAAUGUGGCAGACAUAAAGAAGCUGAAGUCUGUAGGAAUCUGCACAAUCAAAGGAAUACAGAUGACCACUAGAAAAGCCUUGUGCAACAUUAAGGGCCUUUCUGAAGCAAAAGUGGAAAAAAUAAAAGAGGCAGCGAAUAAAGUAAUUGAACCAGGUUUUCUCACUGCUUUUGAAUACAGUGCAAAGAGAAGGAUGGUGUUCCACAUAUCAACUGGAAGCCAGGAAUUUGACAAAUUACUAGGAGGAGGGAUAGAAAGCAUGGCAAUAACAGAGACAUUUGGAGAAUUUAGGACUGGAAAAACUCAGCUGGCACAUACAUUGUGUGUUACAGCUCAACUACCUGGACCAAAUGGAUAUACAGGAGGGAAAAUAAUCUUCAUUGAUACAGAAAACACAUUCCGCCCAGAUCGGCUGCAUGACAUAGCUGAUCGAUUCAGUGUAGACCACGAUGCAGUUUUGGACAAUGUUUUAUAUGCCCGGGCAUAUACCAGUGAGCAUCAAAUGGAGCUCUUAGAUUACGUAGCAGCUAAAUUUCAUGAAGAGCCUGGCAUUUUUAAGCUUUUGAUCAUUGAUUCCAUCAUGGCUCUAUUCAGAGUAGAUUUCAGUGGUCGAGGAGAGCUGGCUGAACGGCAGCAGAAACUAGCUCAGAUGCUGUCCAGGCUUCAGAAAAUUUCUGAAGAAUAUAAUGUAGCUGUAUUUGUCACAAAUCAAAUGACUGCUGACCCUGGAGCAACCAUGACGUUCCAGGCUGACCCUAAAAAACCUAUAGGGGGCCAUAUUCUGGCACAUGCUUCCACCACCAGAAUAAGUUUAAGGAAAGGAAGAGGUGAACUGCGUAUAGCUAAAAUCUAUGACAGCCCAGAAAUGCCAGAAAAUGAAGCCACGUUUGCCAUAACUUCUGGUGGUAUUAAUGAUGCAAAGGAAUAAUUGUUGCGUGAUCACCAAUGCAGAAAAAAGAGACUUCAUAUUGUCAAAUCUGCUUCUUCAUAAUAAAACUCUGCAAUAUAAUAGAGAGGUUUCAUAAAGUUCUGCUUUUUUCUUUUCCUGUUGGAGGUUAAAACUAGUUAGAAACAUUGGUUAUUUUAAAUAGACACCAUAUGUCUGUAUUAACAUGAGCCCAAUAAACAGGUAUUUAGUUUCA